CUGGCUGAGUGAGCCCCACUUGGUUUUAGCGGAGGCGUAGUCUACUACCAGUACCGGAAGACUUGCGCUAGGUGAACACUUUGGCACUGACCUUGGUUGCAGAGAUUCAGAACUACUAAAGAUGCUUGCCUCAAGUUUUAGGGACUGCAAGGCAUGGAAGGAUGAGGGUCUUCCAUUGACAACAAGCAGCAAUGAGGCCUGCAAAAUGUAUGACGCAAUACUCUCUCAGUAUGUGACCUGGCGUAAUGAUGAAACUUUGGGCGGAAUAUCAGGCUGCAUGACUGCAAUUAAGGAAGCCGAUCCAAAUUUUGUCAUGGGCCAUGUGAUGACCACCGGUCUUCAGCUGGUGGGGACAGACAGCUCUAUCAGGCUCAACCAACGCCUGGCCAGUGCCGUGAAGACCACGAUGGAGCUGGCCGCAGCUCAGGACAUCACGCCCCGGGAGAAGCUCCAUGCCCAGGCUGUGGAGCACCUCUCCGUCGGGAACUUUCCUAAAGCAUGUAGUGUAUGGGAAAGUAUUCUGGUGGAGCACCCCACGGACCUGCUGGCCCUGAAGUUUGCUCAUGACGGCUACUUCUUCAUGGGUGCCCAGGUUCAGUUGAGAGACUCUGUGGCCCGGGUCCUGCCUCACUGGAAGCCACACAUCCCUCUGUACAGCUACCUGAAAGGCCUGUACUCCUUCGGGUUGCUGGAGACUCAUUUCUAUGACGAAGCAGAGAAAGUUGCCAAAGAGGGUCUGGAGAUGACGAGAAACGACGCUUGGUGUGUCCACUCUAUGGCCCACAUUCAUGAGAUGAAGGGCGAGGUCGACAAGGGGCUCAAGUUCCUGGAGACCACCGAGACGGACUGGCAGGGAUGCGACAUGCUGGCCUGUCAUAACUACUGGCACUGGGCGUUGUACUAUAUCGAGAAGGGAGACUAUGAAGCUGCACUGAGAGUGUUUGAUAAUAAGGUGAACAAAAGCCUUCAAUCUACUGGAAGCAUGUUGGACAAGGUGGACGCCUGCUCUCUGCUCUACAGACUGCAGAUGGAGGGUGUGUGUGUGAAGGACCGAUGGCGUGAGGUGGUCCAGACCACGCUGUCUCACACCGACGACCACGUGACGGUGUUCAACGACGUCCACUUCCUCAUGGCGUCUCUCGGGGCCAAGGAAGGCGACGCCUCCCAGCGCCUGCUCGACGGGCUCCGCGACCUGGCCCAAAACCCAGGGGACAGUUACCAUCACCAGCUCUCCAUGAAGCUGGGCGUCCCCAUGUGCCAGGCCAUGGUGGAGUAUGACCAGGGCAACUACAGCCGCGCCGUGGAGCUGCUGCAGCCCAUACGCUACCGCCUGAAUGAAAUAGGCGGCAGUGAUGCACAGCGGGACGUGUUCAACCUGCUGCUCAUUCAGGCAGCCAUGAAGUCCAGCGACAAGCACCACAACAAACUGGCCAGGUGCCUGCUGAUGGAACGAGAUGCUCAGAGAGAUAGCUCCCCACUCACCACUCGUCUGAUCCAGAGAUCCCAUGCACUUCACGGCUAGGAUGCAACGCACAUUCCCAUCCCCAUCCCAGCGCUCCUUUCAAAAGGCAUCUACAUUCCCUCCUAUUAAUUGCUAUGAAGGAAGUAAACAAGGAAACCCUGAUGUUGCCAGUGAACCCUAUCAUCAUGCUUUUUCUCUCUUUGUUUUUUUUACUUCUAUGAUCAUGAACAUUGUAGUUUGUGUGGCACAUUUCACAUACAACGUCUGUCAUUGUAACAUUCAACGUCUGUCAUUGUCGGCUCUCUGGCCUCUGUUUAGGCAGAGUCCUAAUGUUGGGAAUUGGUAUUAUAUAACCAGGAAGGAGGGGAAAUCAAUUGAAAUGUAACUAGAUACAAAAUACUCACACAUCCUCACAAAAUGUAUCCAAAUGAAAUAAAUCAAUCAUUGUCAGAGCAAAUAUAAAAUGAA